GGUACAAGGCCACCAUCAGCGCGCCGCACAUGCACGCCCACGCGCUGGAACUGCUGAAGGAUCGCCUUGUGGAGGGUGCCAAAGCGCUGGAUGUUGGAUCUGGAAGCGGGUACCUCACAGCUUGCUUUGCCAGGAUGAUGGGGCCAACAGGGAGAGCUGUGGGCGUAGAGCACAUCAAAGAGCUGGUACAGGAGUCCAUCAGAAACGUCCAAGAAGACGACCCAACGUUGCUCAGCUCUGGCCGUGUAAAGCUUGUGGUUGGAGAUGGCAGGCAGGGAUACCCUGACGAGGCUCCUUACGAUGCCAUUCACGUUGGAGCAGCAGCAGCAACAGUACCGAAGGAGCUGCUGAAUGAACUGAAGCCGGGAGGUCGGUUAAUACUGCCCGUUGGUCCCGAAGGCGCCAACCAGGUCCUGAUGCAGUACGACAAAACCAGCGAGGGGCAGAUCAUCGAAACCCAACUGAUGGGCGUGAUCUACGUUCCUCUGACAGAUAAGGAGAAGCAGUGGCCUCGGGAUGAAUUCUGAUGGAUGGAUAUCUCUAAAGUGACCUCAGAAAGCUCAUGAAUGGGACUUAUGACUGUAGAUGGUCUGUAUGGUUUUGGUUUUUGA